UAGGAUCCAGAAAAUUAUGUGACGUUUUUCUAUCCAAAAUGGCUGACCAAAACAAAACAGCGGAAGUCAAAUCCAGCAAUGAAUUACUAAGCCCUUCUGAGCUGUUCGAAGCCCGAACACGCAGCCACAAGAUCCCAGUGCGCGGGCAGAAAGAUUUUCUUCCCAGUGGGUCGGAUCAGCAAAGGGAGCGGCUACAGCAAAGUCUGCAGGAGCACUGGAAACUUGUAUCCGAGGAGAGAGUCGAGAGACUAGGAAACUUGGUGAAGGCUGUGUGGAUUCCCAGCGACCAGAGAGUGGAGCUCCUGUCACCGGCAGGGAAGUUUUGGCAAACUAUGGGUUUUUCUGCACAUGGAAAGCAAUGUCUGCAUCCGGAAGAGGCCCUCUAUUUAAUGGAGUGUGGAAACUUGCAAGUGUUUUACAAAGACCUGCCACUGUCCAUCCAAGAGGGCUAUGAGACAUUUCUUUGCUCUAAGACAAUGAGCAUUCACCAUUACAAGGUGUUUGGCCAUUUGAAACGGCUUGGCUAUGUGGUGACCAGAUUCGACCCCAGUCGUGUACCAUCACAGUAUGAGAGGCAGUUGAACCUGGCCCAGUCCCGAGAGCGACCAGGAAGACGGCUGAAGAGGAAACGCAGCCUCAGCCCUCCAUCCGGACACACUGAAACACAGGAGGGCGCCACUGCUAUGGGAACAGAGGAGGAGAGGGACGGCAAUAGAGAGGAAGAGGACAUGAAUCCUAUGCCAGAGGACACAAAUCCUAAGCUGAAGGACACAAAUCCUAAGCCGGAGAACAUUCAUCCUAAGCCGGAGGACACGAAUCCCGAUGACACCCAGAUGGCAGCACAGGAUGACCCCAGCACCACAGCAGAGGGUUGCAGGAGCUGGUGGUCAAAGGGAGGCUCCCCUCACCCUGAUCUGCCGGGACAGUCCCAGAACACCGGCUCCCCGCGCUGGGACUUCACAUCCAUCUCCUUCCCAGACCUGGGCUCCAGGCACCAGCAUCCCAGAAGCCUGGCCUCCCCAGACCCCUGCUUGCUGCCUGGGGCUGUGGGCUCGGUGGGGCCCUGUGACGUGGUCCCCUGGCUGAACAGGCUCAACCUGCGGGAAGUCAGGAUGUCCCGGCGGGAGCAAGAGAGGGAGCGAGACCGAGACCGGUACCACAGGGACGUCAACCUGGACCGGGAGGUGCAACGCUGCAGGAACUGGACGGAGUACCGGGAUCUGCUGGAGAGGAGGAGUCGACGGAGACACAGAGACAGGCCAGCGCACCUGUGGGAGGGGGAGGUCACACCUCUACACGACCCCUCACAGGUCUGCUUAACUGGUGAGCUGAUGGAUAAAAUCAGUGUCGUCAAAUCCACGCAGCUGUUUGAAGGAGCCUCCAGUUUGAAAUGUUCAAAUGAGUGGAGGAUCUCUUUCAACAUCUACCAACCCGACACGGUCGCUGAAUUCAAGAAGAGCACUCCUGGAAAGCCCUAUUCUCGCAUGUGUGUGUGCAGUUUCAGUGGUCCAGUGCCUGACUUGCAAACACUGAAGGUGCUGGCUUUUCAGAGUGGGGAUGUCCCAGUGACUUAUGCAGUGGAGGACCACGGGGACAUCUCCUUUUACUGCUUCAAGAAUUUCCAGAUACCUAAAGACGAGUCCUUCUAAGAACUUCUAGAUACCCAGAGACGUGUCCUUCUAAAAAACACCUAUGGCAGUCAGCUUACUUUGCUUGCAAGUUAUCUCAAUUGUUAUAUUUACAAACAUUGUCACCAAACCAAGUUUAGUUUUAUAUAGCCCCUGAAGAUAAUAAUAAAAUGCCACAAACUA